CACACACACACACAAAUAAACUUUUGGUAUCAUGUCUUAGAAGAUCUUGAUUGCUUCACCUUUUUUUCUUUUUAUUUAAUUUUUUUUUUCAUGAGAAAAAAGACCAUACCGUAUGCCAGUGGUGCCCAAACAUUUUGGACACAAGGCACAUCAAAAGUCAAACCAGAAUCUCAAGGCACACCAACUUAUUGUCACUGUAAUCAAUCAAACCAUCACAUAUUGGUGGAAGUUAAAGGUCAAUGGUUGGUGCCAUAUAAAAUUGCCAUACACGAUUAGAAAAGGCCCUAAGGAAUAAUUUGAGAUGCAACACUAUAUCAAUAUUUUCUUCCUAUUAAUUGAACAUCCUGUUCAACUCUGUUUUAGUAUGAUGACCUCCUCUGUGCUGGAAACUGUCAGAGGAAGGCUUUAUCAAUGGGAAAAUGACAAAAUGCUUAGGGAUGAAAUAUUAUACCUACUGCCUAUUAUAGAAUUUUGUUUUUAAGUAAUAAGUUAAUUUAAAAUGUCAGUAAUGUAAACAUAUUUACUAAAUAGAUGUACCCUUUCCCCAGACAAUGUAGACAUCCUUAUCUUUUUGAAAAAGAAUUUGUUAUAAGCUCAGGUCUGCUUUGCUUGAAUAUUUUAGAUAUUUUAAGAUUUUAUAUAAAAAUUGGACAUGUUGAAUGUUGUUUUCAUUUAAGACCAUGGGCAAAAGUUCCUUUCUUUAAGUGUUUUACAGAAUAAAUGGAAAGCAAAGUUAUAUUUGCCUCCCCUGUUUUCUUUUUUUUUAUUUUUUAUUUUUUUGAGGAUCCGAAAAAUGGUCCGAUCUGUGACUCAAAACCGUGAUAGGAUCUGAACUGUGAGUUCGGAUGCUAUCGCAGUUUUGAGAUGGGUGAUCCAUUGCACCCUUAAUCGCUACUUGCUGGUUCCUGACUAUAUAUUUAAUGCUACGCUACACUAACUCCAGAUCACAUACUCUAGUGGCUAGCGUUGCUGACCUCUGUGACCAAAUUAGUUUAAAAGAAAAUGCGGUAGCACCGUGGGUCUGGGCGGUUUCGUGAUUUUCUUUUUUUUACCUUACAGUAUAAAUGUGGGGUACAUUUACAUAUGUUCUUGAAGAGUUUGUUCUGUUGAUGGAAAAUAAUAUUUUUGGAGAUGUCUUCACCCUUUGUAAAACUUAAUAGUCCAAAUGUGUGUUUUAUUCCAAUAUUGCCAGUGUACAAACCUUUUCCAGCCUUUUGUCUAGUCCCAACAGGGCUGUGAUGCAAGGGACUAACAAUCCCAUUUUCUGAUAUCUAACACACAUCUGAUUUGAUAGCAGCUCUGGUAUUGACAGAAUACUAAAAGAGGACACAUACAUGACCCACCAUUGAGGUGACUGUAUAGUUACCAGGAUUGGGGAGUAACGGAAUACAUGUAACUGGAUUACGUAUUUAAAAUGCAAAAUAUAAGUAACUGUAUUCCACUACAGUUACAUUUUAAAUCAUUGGUAAUUAGAAUACAGUUACAUUCAAAAAGUAUUUUGAUUACUGAAGAGAUUACUUUGCAUUUUAUUGUCAUUUGUUUCAUUUAAUAUUUAGUCCUUUCAGAUGGAAAACAUUUAUACAUAUAAAUGAUGCGAUCCAAAGUGCAUUUGAACAGCGGUGAAACACUUUCUUAUGAUGUGUUACAUUCAUACGAGCAGACAGAGAAGCGGAGCAUUGAAAGAAUGAAGAUUAAUGGGAAAAACCUUGGUCCUGAAUCAGAGCUGGAUUUGGUCACUCACCGCUUUGGGCCCACAGGCGGCUGAUGUUUUCUUUUCCUUUUUAGAGGAUUUUAUGAAAUGAACUCAGUACCCAGGAGGGACUCACAUGCACUAAAAUGCACGCACACAUGUACUAACAUGCACGCGUGACCAGCCCGGAUUUGUAAACACAGAAAAGAAAAACUCAUAUUACAAAACACAGAGGGAGUGUCACUUGAUUUGAUUUGAAUUUAUUUAGCACAUUUAGAAGAACAGGAGACAAAAUACAAGCUUUUUUAAUUCCUAGUAACUGCAGGACUCAAAUAGAUGUAGUGGAGUACAAAUAUAAAGUUUGAUAAAAUGGCAAAAAUAAAUAAAUAAAUAAAUAGACUUGAGUAAAAGUACUUUGAUUCUUUCAACCCUUAAUUUUUGUAUUAUGUUUUGGACCACUGUUUGCUCUCUGUUUUCUUGACUUGAUAGGAAAACUUGAUGUGAUAUCUUUACUUGUCUCUGAGGCAAUGUCUCUGUGAGUCUUUCUUUUCUAUUUGUAAAUAGUGGGCAUAUUUGACAUGAGUUGUCCUCAUCACAAAGUCUCUCAAAUCUUUUAAUGUUCAGAUUUUCUUCUUUUAUUUGCACUUCUAGUUCAUUGACUUUAUAGGCAAUAUCCUCAGGAAUUCUCUCUCAUGUCUGUAGAGUCUUCAGUAUGUUUUCUGAUAGUUGAACUAGGCCUAUCUUUGUCUUCAAUUUCAUUUUGUAUAGGCUCCACUAAAUUGUUAAUAGCAUUUUCAGAUUUUGUCUCACUUAUCUCAUUUAUAAGUAUCUUUGCAAGUAGUAGACAAGCAAACUUUUAUGAUAUGAGAAAGUAUAGCAGUCACAUACAUUUUCCAAUCCCAAUGCAUGGUUUUGAUACUACUCUGCCAAAUAACCUUUCAGCCUCUAACUAUUUUGAGGCUUUGCAGAAACCAAUUUGUUGUUUGUUCUGUCCUCUUUUUGAAGGAAACAUAGGUUCCCUAUCUGUCACUCACUCAACGUUGUGUCAAUGUAGUGACACUAGGGGUCACUCUUGGGAGCAGGAGACACCUCUGGUCUUUGAUAAAAGGUCAAUGAAAUUGGCGAGUGGUAUUUGCAUGCCACUCCCCUUUGGAGCCGAACGGUCAUGCUCACAGAGCUGAAAACUACUGUUCAUUCACCUCUGCUGGAUUUGACGACGCAUUUCAGUGGCUUCUCCCCCCUCUGCACUGGUGCACUGCAGAGAAUGCCCCUGGGCGCUUCGGCAGAAAUAAAAGAGUAUAUUUCUCUAAAAGAGCAGCACACACGGAAUGUUUUUUUAAAGACGCGUCUUUCUAAAGAUGCUUUUCCGAUUGUGUGUUAUUCCUGGUUGCGCUUGUUAUCUCUCACCUUCUGAUGGUCACGAUCACUGUCUUUCGUGUCUGGGCACUGCUCACGAUGAGACAGUGUUCGUGGAUGGUCAUGUUCUCAUUGCGAGGAUAUGUCCAUGGUAACGUUGUGGUCGCGGCUCGCCUUUGUAAGAAAGCAAGCCACCCCAGAGGCUCCCCGCCUCGGUCCAUUUACCCACGGGUAUGAGGCCAGCGCGGCUAGUACUGGGGGCGAUUUGGGGACCCCAGUGGGACCGCCUCCACCGGGUAUCCCCCCACGGACCUCCCAUUCCCCAACACGCUCAUCUGCCCCGAUCGGGCUUCCGGAUGAGUCCACCGGCUCUUCUCACGGCGAGUUCGACCUCUUAUUCAGAGUUCGCGAAAGUGAUGAGCUCUCGAGCACAGCAUUGGAGAGCGGGCUCGUCCAGUCAGAAGCCUUAGCUGGGCUCCUCCCUUCGGGGAUGAUUGCCCAGUCACAGGCUGACAUGGAGAUGACGACAUGCUUUCCAGGGCGCCGCUCAAAGCCACGCCCCGCCCCCGUUCCUUUCUUCCCGGAAGUGCAUGAAGAGCUGACAAGGUCACGGAAGGCACUUUUUACUGCCCGGUCCCGAUCUUUUCAGCUUCCCCGCCCUCACUACCCUCGAUGGUGGGGCGGCCAAGGGCUAUUCGGCAAUCCCCCGGUGGAUAAAGGCGCUCGCGGUGCACCUAUGCCCGCAGAGCGCCGCCACCAGGUGCGGGUGCCCAAAGCCCCCGUCCAAGGCCUGUAGGUUUACGUCGUCUCUGCCGGCAAAAGGCCUAUGGUGCCGCUGGACAAGCUGCCUCCACCCUGCAAGCCAUGGCUCUCCUGCAAUUCCGCCAAGGCGCUAAAGGAACUGCAUGAGGGUAGUUCUGCCCUGGGAUUGAUGCAGGAACUGCGCUCGGCAACCAACCUCGCUCUCCAAGCGAUGGAGGUCACGGCACGGUUUCUUGGGCAGACGAUGGCCACACUAGUGGUCCAGGAGCGCCACCUUUGGCUCAACCUGGUCGAGAUGGGCGGGGCCGACAAGACACGAUUCCUUGCUGCCCCCAUUUCCCAGGUGGGCCUAUUUGGCGACACCGUCGAGGACUUUGCCCAGCAGAUUUCGAUGGUGGAGCAGUAGACGGAUGCUAGCCGGCAUAUCCUGCCCCGGCGCGGCUCAAGAUCCCGCACCCUGUCUACUCAUCACCAAGGGCGUCUCCCUGUGGUGACUGCACCAGCUCCGCCGCAGCCUGCCCCUUCGGCCCGGCCCCGGCAUGGAGCCCACUGCAGGAAGCAGACGCCAACCGUCUCACGGCCACCCAGAACCCGUAAAAGGCUUCAAAGCGCCCUUGAGAUGGGCGACCCAGGGACAAUGAAACCCGCUGCUCUGGAGCUGGUAAGCAGAUCUCUCCAUCUUUUUGUAACCUUUUGCAUUUAACUGCACUGCAUGUCCAAGUGGCUGCAGUACUCAAGAGCUCAGCAAGAGCAGUUUCCUUGUUCCCUGGGUCACGUAUCCGGUGUGCAGGGCCGUCAUCACAACCACCGUCCACCACUCUAUUUGGCAGGUUUGGCGCUCCAGCGGCGGUCUCCCGCCCCUGAGCGCCCAGCUGUGGCACAAAUCUGCCCCCGAUGUGACAGUCUCCAUGGGUCACGAGGACAGGCCUCUUCCUCCCCCGUCCCAGGCUGUUCCGGGUGUGGUCACAAGGAGCCAGGUAAGUGCUUUGAUGUCCUUAGACUUAGCAUGGCCAUGACGUGGUGUGGCACCUUGAGUUCUGCCCUGCCGUGAGGCCCCACCUGCCGGUACAUCCGAUGACACUGUCCCUUUGGUCCCCCUUGCGCGGAACUUGGACGUAUGGCUUGCGUUUUCCAAUCGGUCAUGAGGGGGGCUGGUCCGGACUGUCCGACUCAGCUACACGAUUCAGCGAUGUCCACUUCACCUUGGUGAAGGACGAAAACGCUGCUACCUUGCGCGGAGAUCGCUACCCUCCUACGGAAGGGCGUGAUAGUACCUGUUCCUCCAGCCGAGAUGAAGAAGGGUUUUUUCAGCCCCUACUUCAUCAUACCAAGAAAAGGCAGUGGGUUGCGGCCAAUCUUGGACCUGUGAGUUUUGAACUAGGCUUUACACAGACUCCCGUUCAAAAUGCUGAUGCAAAAACACAUUCUGGCGAGCGUCCGGCAUCAAGAUUGGUUCACUGCGGUAGACCUGAAGGAUGCAUACUUCCACGUCUCGAUCCUUUCUCGACAUAGACCCUUCCUGCGGUUUGCAUUCGAGAGUCAGGCGUAUCAGUACAAAGUCCUCCCUUUCGGCCUGUCCCUGUCUCCUCGCGUCUUUACGAAGGUCGCAGAGGCUGCCCUUGCCCCGUUAAGGGAGGUGGGCAUUCGCAUUCUCAACUAUCUUGAUGACUGGCUAAUCCUAGCUCAUUCUCAAGACAUGUUGUGCGCACACAGGGACCUGGUGCUCUCACACCUCAGCCGACUAGGGCUUCGGGUCAACUGGGAAAAGAGCAAGCUCCUCCUGGUUCAGAGCAUCUCUUUUCUCGGUUUGGAGUUGGACUCAGUCUCCUUGAUGGCGCGCCUUAUGAACGAGCGUGCCCAGUCGGUGCUGGCUUGUUUGAAGGCGUUCAAACUGAAAACCUGCUGUUCCACUGAAACUUUUUCAGAGGCUCCUGGGGCAUAUGGCAUCCUCGGCGGUGGCCACCCCGCUCGGGUUGAUGCAUAUGAGGCCGCUUCAGCACUGGCUCCAGACUUGAGUCCCGAGAUGGGCAUGGCGCCACGGGACACGUUGCGUGGUCAUCACGCCAGUCUGUCACCGUCUUUUCAGCCCUUGGACCGACCUCUCAUUUCUACGGGCAGGUGUUCCUCUAGAACUGGUCUCCAGGCGCGUCGUGGUCACAACAGAUGCCUCCAAAACGGGCUGGGGUGCUUGCAACGGGCACACAGCCGCCGGCCUCUGGACGGGUCCGCGACUGCAUUGGCACAUCAACUGCCUUGUGUUGUUGGCAAUUCUGCUCAACCUGCGGAGGUUACGGCCGUUGAUCCAGGGCAAGCAGGUAUUAGUUCAGACAGACAACACGACAACGGUAGCAUAUGUCAACUGCCACGGCAGUCUGCGCUCUCGUUGUAUGUCACAACUCGCCCGCCGUCUCCUCCUCUGGAGUCAGCAGCACUUCAAGUCGCUGCAAGCCACUCACAUCCCGGGCAACCUCAACACUACAGCGGACGCGCUGUCACGACAGAUUACCCUCAGGGGAGAGUGGAGACUCCACCCUCAGAUGGUCUAGCUGAUUUGGAGUCGAUUCAACAGGCACAGGUGCACCUGUUCACCUCCCAAGAAUCCUCCCCACUGCCCGCUCUGGUACGCCCUGACCGAGGCCCCCCUCUACAUAGAUGCGCUGGCACACAGCUGGCCCCCUGGCAUGUGCAAAUAUGCGUAUCCCCCAGUGAGCCUGCUUACACACCUGCGGUGGUAGACAUGAUCACUCAGGUUAGGGCCCCCUCUACGAGGCGUAUGCCUUUAAGUGGCGUCUGUUCACUAAGUGGUGUUCUUCCCAUCGGGAAGACCCCAGGAGAUGCGCAGUCAGAUCAGUGCUUUCCUUCCUGCAGGAGAGGUUGGAAGGGAGGCUGUCCCCUUCCACCUUGAAGGUGUACGUUGCCGCCAUAGCAGCACACCAUGACGCAGUCGACGGUAAGUCCUUAGGGAAGCACGACCUGAUCAUCAGGUUCCUAAGAGGCACCAGGAGGCUGAAUCCCUCCAGACCGAGCCUCGUUCCCUCAUUGGACCUCUCUGUAGUUCUUCAGGGUCUACAGAGAGCCCCCUUUGAGCCUUUGCAGUCAGCCGAGCUUAAGGCACUCUCCUUGAAGACUACCUUCCUGACUGCGCUCACUUCCAUCAGAGGGUAGAUGACCUGCAAGCGUUCUCUGUCAGCAAAACGUGCCUGGAGUUCGGUCCAGGUUACUCUCACGUGAUCCUGAGACCCUGACCGGGCUAUGUGCCCAAGGUUCCCACCACCCCUUUAGGGACCAGGUGAUGAACCUGCAAGCGCUGCCCCAGGAGGAGGCAGACCCAGCCCUGUCGUUGCUGUGUCCGGUGCGCGGUUUACGCAUCUAUUUGGAUCGCACGCAGAGCUUAAGAAUCUCUGAGCAGCUCUUUGUCUGCUUUGGUGCACAGUGGAAAGGAAGUGCUGUCUCCAAGCAGAGGAUCGCCCACUGGCUCAUUGACGCCAUGACUAUGGCAUAUGUCGCCUAGGACAUGCCGCCCCCGGUAGGGCGACAAGCCCAUUCUACCAGGGGUGUAGCGGCUCCCUGGGCCCUGGCCAGGGGUGCCUCUCUAACAGAAAUUUGCAGAGCAGCAGGCUGGGCAACACCCAACACCUGUGCAAGGUUCUACAACCUCCGGGUGGAACCGGUUUCAUCCCAGGUAGUGGCACGCAACACAAGCGGAUAAGCCCAGGAUAGCUGGCCGGGUGUAUCGCUUGCACAUAGCACUUUUCACCUCCCUUGGAGCUUAAGACGUGCGCCAUUAAUUCCCAGUAGUGUUCACAAACUUUGUUCCCUGGUUGACUUCCUCCGAGCCCUGUGGCAGUCGAGUUUUCGGAGAGACUCGCUGCCAGCCCAGUACACGCGCUAACUAAGAGCCCUGUUCUGGGGUAGGUGCUCCGCAUGUGGCGGUUCCCUGUAAGGCUAACCCCAUGCGAUUGUAUAUCUUCCGCUAAUUCGUUUCCCUGUUGGCAAACUGCGUCUUCCUUGGGCAGAGCCCCUCUGCCCCAGUCUCCAUGUUUGUAGUAACUCCUCCCCCAUUGGGCAGGAUCUACCUUGAAGACUCUCCACAUGGUUGGAAAGACCAUGUGACAUAUUUUUCCACUUAAAUAUCCCCCCCUCUCUUUGGGCGAGGUGUGGUCUCCGCGGUGUCUUCCCCUUGGGAGGGACACCCCCCGACUAGACCUGGCGGCCCAGUCGGAUAAUCCCCCUUCUUUUUUAGGGAGUGGAAAUAAAGAAGGGGAAAAGAGGCCAUGACUGGGUUAAGCCUGUCUCUAUCUUUUGGGUAGUCGAUUUGUCCCCAAAAAGGGCCGUUUGACACUCAUAAAUAUGUUGGGGGAGGUUACGUGUCAACCUGGUAUGCUGGCUAUGAGGCACACAGUAGUCUGCCCACCACACACCACCAGUUCACGUAACACAGUUCAGCCAAUUGUUGCGUUUCUUAUAGGGACCCUUAGUGUCACUACAUCGACACAACGCUGAGUGAGUGACAGAUAGGGAACAUCAUGGUUACUUGUGUAACCUCCGUUCCCUGAUGGAGGGAACGAGACGUUGUGUCCCUCCUGCCACAGCGCUGAACUACCCGCUGAAAUGGCCGGACCUUAUAUCGGCUCCUCAGCAUAAAACCUUAAUGAGUGGCUGCAUACCAGCUCCUUUUAUACCCAUAUGUCCGGGGGAGUGGCAUGCAAAUUCCACUCGCCAAUUUUCAUUGGCCUUUUAUCAAAGACCAGAGGUGUCUCGGGCUCCCAAGAGUGACCCCUAGUGUCACUACAUCGACACAACGUCUCAUUCCCUCCAUCAGGGAACGGAGGUUACACAAGUAACCAUGACGCCUUACAUCCUUUGGCCUUACGACUUCGGGGCAUGCAUGCUCCAGAGCGUUUGCAUGUAAACAAGAAAUAUCCAUCUUUCUGAUUUUGCAGACUUGCAGAAUUCACACUCCUAAAAUGAGCAUCUUUGGAGGUGUUUAUGGUGGUGAAUCUUGAAUGAAUUCAUAAGCAUCAGAAUCAUUUUCCAGAACAUGGACUGUUAUAUCUGUCUUUUUGUUGUUUCCUUUAAAUCUCUCCUCUUUGUAUACAGUUGUCUUUAUAAAUUCCUCCAUCUUGCAGGUUGUGGUGUACAAAACCUAGAAAGCAAAGGGAAACCAACAAUUAGGCUAAAAACAUCAAUGAUGUAAAGACAUAAAAAUGUAUGAUAAUCUCAAGAAAGUAAUGCACGUUGUGAGCUCAACCUGUAUGGAGUAAAAGGAAAGAUGGAUGGCCUUAAUAAAGAGGCCUUAAUAACCUUAAUAAUAGACCUUCCAACCAACUGUACCUUAUGUAAAUAAAAAUAUGUGAUGUCUAAUUCGUAUUACUGUCUAUGCUUCCUAUGCACUCCAAGCAGGGCACUGUAUCUGGCACU